AUGAUCCAAUCCCGUAAAAUUAUAUGUCACAAAAUAUCUGCCAAUUUUCGUGAGUGUACAGCGAUUGUCCCGUUCCAAGUGCCAGUACUGAAGCAAGAUGAGGUGCUUGUGCAGACGAAAUACUGUGGCAUUAAUGCAUCCGAUAUCAAUUAUACUAAUGGUGCCUACUUACCGGGCGUGCAGCCGCCUUUUGACUGUGGUUUUGAGGCCUUGGGAAUCGUGCUAGACGUCGGAUCAGGUGUGACUGCGAUCAAGAAAGGUGACGCUGUGGCUUCCACGGCAUACGGCGCAUUUGCUGAGCACUUGGUGACGAAGGAGCGUUUUCUGGUGAAAGUCCCUGCUGUCGUUCGAGAAGUGCUGCCAAUUGUCGUAUGCGGUCUCACCGCAUCAAUGGCACUCGAGUACGUGGGCCAGAUGACUCAUGGUGAGACGGUAUUGGUCACAGCAGCCGCUGGAGCUACGGGUCAAUUUGCUGUGCAGUUGGCCAAGCUAGCAGGUAACCAUGUGAUUGGCACGUGCAGCUCGCCUGAGAAAGUAGAGUAUUUGCGAUCCAUUGGCUGUGAUCGCCCCAUCAACUACCGCAAGGAGAAGGUGUAUGAUGUACUGAAGAAGGAGUAUCCACGCGGCGUCGACCUUGUCUUUGAAAGUGUAGGCGGACAAAUGUUUGAGGUAUGUGUAAACAAUAUCGCGCGCAAGGGCCGCAUUAUCGUCAUUGGAGCCAUUGCGGGCUAUCAGGACUCGAGUACGUGGAAGUCCACGGUCAACAAGGCCACGACACCGCUAACGUCCAAACUGCUGGCCAAAUCAGCUUCUGUCCGUGGUUUUUUCUUCAACGACUACUUUCGCGAGACGAAAGCCCAUGCCAAGAAGCUUACGAUGCUAGUGCAACGCGGCGUGCUCAAUGCCGGCGUCGACCCUUGUAAUUUUCACGGACUCGAGGACAUUCCCAGCGCCAUUGACUACAUGUACGAGCGCAAGAACAUUGGCAAGAUCAUUGUGAGCCUUGAUAAAAAGGUUUCCUCGAAGCUCUAA